GUGUCACCUGGCGCAAGGACUCUGCCCUGGGCGACGCCAAGGACAGUGUGACCAACGUCCAGCUAGACUUAACAGGAGGAUAUUAUGAUGCUGGCGAUUAUGGCAAAUUUGGAUAUCCAAUGUCAAGUAUGACAACAGUGUUAGCAUGGGGAGCCAUCGACUAUAGCACUGCCUAUAUACAAGCAGGGGAAAUGUCGUACAUGAAGGAGGCUGUCAAGUGGGCGACAGACUAUUUCCUUAAGGCACACGUGAGUCCAACAGUGUUGUACGGCCAAGUAGGCAAUGGUCAGCUUGACCAUUCUUUCUGCCGACCAGAGGAUAUGACUAUGGACAGACCAGCCUACAAGAUCACUGAAGCCAAUCCCGGUUCUGACUUGGUGGCCGAGACUUCUGCUGCCCUGGCUGCCGCCUCCAUUCUCUUCAAAGAUUCCAACCCUGCAUAUUCUGCCGAAUGUCUUCAACACUCUCGGGACCUUUAUGACUUUGCCGAUAAUUUCAGAGGGGACUAUGAUGCUACGAUCCCUGGUGUUUCCGAAUUUUAUGCCAGCUACGGCUACUACGACGAAUUAGCAUGGGCUGCUGCCUGGCUUUACCGUGCCACAGGUGAGACUAGCUAUUUAACGGCAGCCAAGAAUCAUUACCAGCAACUUUCAACAAGUCCUUGGGAAUUUUCUUGGGCUGAUAAGACUCCUGGAGUGCAGGUAUUAUUGGCACAAUUUGCUGAUGAAGCGGAUAAAGCCACAUAUGUGAAUCAUGUGACCAGCUUCUGUAACGACAUCGUAGAAAACAGGGCAAGAACACCCAAAGGAUUGUUGUACUUGAGUAAGUGGGGCUCCCUCCGAUAUGCAGCUAACGCAGCCUUUAUCUGCCUAAGAGCUGCAGACUUGGGCAUCAACCCUGCGAAAUACCGAGACUUUGGCAAGCAACAGAUCCACUACAUGUUAGGCGACACUGGACGAAGCUACGUGGUUGGUUUUGGCGUGAACCCUCCGCUGCGGCCACAUCACGCCAGCAGCUCUUGUAAACCUGCUCCAGCAACCUGUGACUGGACAGACUUCCAUUCACCGGAUCCUAACCCUCACGUGCUGUACGGAGCCUUGGUGGGAGGCCCUGAUGCCAACGACUGGUACGAGGACAAACGUGACGACUAUAUCAAGAAUGAAGUUGCCACAGACUACAAUGCAGGCUUCCAAUCUGCUGUAGCUGCUCUUCGCUCCCUUACUGAUUGUGGUGGAGUGACAGCAGCCCCUACGCCCGCACCCACCUCGGCUCCCACGCUAGCACCCACCUCGGCUCCCACACCAGCUCCCACCCCCGCACCCACUCCAGCACCCACCACACCGAACACAAGCGGAGGGAGUGGCAGCUGCUUCAGAUUUGUCAAAGCCAACAGUUGGAACGGUAACUACGAUGGAACAUUGUACGUGACUAUCCCCAGUGAUGUAGGGUCUUGGAGCAUCGACCUUCAGUUAUCAUCAUCGGUGGACAAUUUCCAGGCGUGGACCGCGAACGUGGCACCCACCUCUGGCACCUCCAUCACGCUCACCAACAAAAACUACAAUGGAGUCCAAACUGCUGGCACAACGCUUGAGUUGGGCAUCUUGCUGACCUUCUCGGGAACUACUCCAGCCAUCUCGGCCGCGACAUUCAAUGGUGAAACCCUUGCAAGUUGCAGCGCUACCUCGGCUCCUUCCACCCCAGCUCCAACUCCGGCUUCGACUCCAGACACUACUGUGAACCCUGGAACUGCAGAACCUAGUACCCAAGCACCAGGUUCUGGGUGUGUUGCUCCUGGGACAAACUACGAUUACGAUGAAGUUCUUCACAAGUCCCUGCUGUUUUACGAAGCUCAGCGAUCUGGAGAUCUGCCAGAUUCACAGCGUGUCACCUGGCGCAAGGACUCUGCCCUGGGCGACGCCAAGGACAGUGUAACCAACGUCCAGCUUGAUUUAACAGGAGGAUAUUAUGAUGCUGGCGAUUAUGGCAAAUUUGGAUAUCCAAUGUCAAGUAUGACAACAGUGUUAGCAUGGGGAGCCAUCGACUAUAGCACUGCCUAUAUACAAGCAGGGGAAAUGUCGUACAUGAAGGAGGCUGUCAAGUGGGCGACAGACUAUUUCCUUAAGGCACACGUGAGUCCUACAGUGUUGUACGGCCAAGUAGGCAAUGGUCAGCUUGACCAUUCUUUCUGGGGCCGACCAGAGGAUAUGACUAUGGACAGACCAGCCUACAAGAUCACUGAAGCCAAUCCCGGUUCUGACUUGGUGGCCGAGACUUCUGCUGCACUGGCUGCCGCCUCCAUUCUCUUCAAAGAUUCCAACCCUGCAUAUUCUGCCGAAUGUCUUCAACACUCUCGGGACCUUUAUGACUUUGCCGAUAAUUUCAGAGGGGACUAUGAUGCUACGAUCCCUGGUGUUUCCGAAUUUUAUGCCAGCUACGGCUACUACGACGAAUUAGCAUGGGCUGCUGCCUGGCUUUACCGUGCCACAGGUGAGACUAGCUAUUUAACGGCAGCCAAGAAUCAUUACCAGCAACUUUCAACAAGUCCUUGGGAAUUUUCUUGGGCUGAUAAGACUCCUGGAGUGCAGGUAUUAUUGGCACAAUUUGCUGAUGAAGCGGAUAAAGCCACAUAUGUGAAUCAUGUGACCAGCUUCUGUAACGACAUCGUAGAAAACAGGGCAAGAACACCCAAAGGAUUGUUGUACUUGAGUAAGUGGGGCUCCCUCCGAUAUGCAGCUAACGCAGCCUUUAUCUGCCUAAGAGCUGCAGACUUGGGCAUCAACCCUGCGAAAUACCGAGACUUUGGCAAGCAACAGAUCCACUACAUGUUAGGCGACACUGGACGAAGCUACGUGGUUGGUUUUGGCGUGAACCCUCCGCGUGCGGCCACAUCACGCCAGCAGCUCUUGUAAACCUGCUCCAGCAACCUGUGACUGGACAGACUUCCAUUCACCGGAUCCUAACCCUCACGUGCUGUACGGAGCCUUGGUGGGAGGCCCUGAUGCCAACGACUGGUACGAGGACAAACGUGACGACUAUAUCAAGAAUGAAGUUGCCACA